AUGGAAAAUACCAAAGAAGAACCAGGAGUUAACGGUGAAGCUCCAGUAAAGGAUGAACACAUCAAUCUUAAAGUUAAAAACCAAGGCGGUGGUGAAGUAUUUUUCAAAAUCAAGAGAUCAACACCUUUAAAGAAAUUAAUGGAAGCAUAUUGUCAAAGACAAGGUCUUAACUAUGCAAGUUGUCGUUUCUUAUUUGAUGGUGUUCGUGUCAAAGAAGACGCCACACCAAAUCAAUUAGGUAUGGAGAAUGAAGAUGUUUUAGAUUGUGCAUUAAUGCAAACUGGUGGUUCUUUCUAA